AUAUUUGGUCACACCGUUGCCGACAGCUAAUAUAUAGUGUAGUGUAUUUUAUAAGUGCAAAGACGAUAGACCGACAGUUUUGUACACUCCAAAAUGUUAUUUAAAUCAAUUAUACCGCUGGCCAUUUGUGCGCUCAGCCUUAGACCCUUUUUGGCAGUCGCAUCUACUGACGAACCAGCAAAGCCGGCCGAUGACAAGCAAUUUGCCGUUGAGCUCAAUCCGGAAACAUUUGACGAGGCCAUCGAAGCCGGCAAUGUCUUUGUUAAGUUUUUUGCGCCAUGGUGUGGCCACUGCAAGCGCCUGCAUCCGCUGUGGGAGCAGCUGGCUGAAAUAAUGAACAUUGAUGAGCCAAAGGUGACCAUUGCCAAGGUGGACUGCACCAAGCAUCAGACGCUGUGCGCCGAUCAUCAGGUGACCGGCUAUCCGACGCUGCGCCUCUUCAAGCUGGGCGAGACGGAGUCUGUCAAGUUCAAGGGCACGCGCGAUCUGCCUGCCAUUACGGAUUUCAUUAACCAGGAGCUGAAUACACCGGCCGAGGAGGACUUGAAUGAGCAGCAGCUGCAGGAGGGCAGCGACAAGAAUCCCAAUUUGGGCAAGGUCGUUGACCUAACGGAAGAUACGUUCGCCAAGCACGUUUCUAGUGGCAAUCACUUUGUCAAGUUCUUUGCACCUUGGUGCAGUCACUGUCAGCGCCUGGCACCCACCUGGGAGGAGCUGGCCACUGCGCUGAUCAAGGAGCCGGAUGCAACGAUUUCCAAAAUCGAUUGCACACAAUAUCGCAGCAUCUGCCAGGACUUCGAGGUCAAGGGCUAUCCAACGCUGCUCUGGAUCGAGGAUGGCAAGAAGAUUGAAAAAUAUGCUGGUGCCCGUGACUUGGCCACGCUUAAGACCUAUGUGGAGAAAAUGAUCGGUGCUCCAAGCACAGGCAACAACGAUCUAGAUGAUGCCGCUAAAGAAGCGCAAGAUGAGGCUAAAAAGCAAACUGUGCAACAGCUAAAUGGCAUCGAGGAAUUCGAAAAGGCCAUCGCCGAUGGCAUUACAUUCGUCAAGUUCUAUGCGCCCUGGUGUGGACACUGUCAGAAGCUGCAGCCCACCUGGGAGCAGCUGGCCACAGAGACGCUAACCAGCGAGGCGGACAUUGUGAUCGCCAAGGUCGAUUGUACAUCGCCGGAAAACAAACAGAUAUGCAUCGACCAACAGGUCGAGGGCUAUCCGACUCUCUUCCUCUACAAGAAUGGCAAGCGCCAGAACGAGUACGAGGGCAGUCGCUCGCUGCCGGAACUGCAGUCGUACGUUAAGAAGUUCAUCGGCCACGACGAGCUCUGAGCUGUACAUCAAUGCCAACAUCAACAUCAACAGAAACAUCAGCAUCAUCAUCAACAUCAAAUGAUGAACAAAUCCACAUACGGAAUCAUAUGCGAAUGUCAUAAACGAAAGCGAAUGCAAUUGCAGCCUCUGUGAGGGACGUAUAGUCAUCCAAUUAGUAAAAAAGAAAGAAACUAAAUAAAUCAGAAAAUAUAAUUAUUCAAAACAAAAA